AUGAAUCAUCAACAAUGGUACAAAGAUAGCUGUAACUACUAUGUCUGCAAGGAAGGAUCCAUUGAAGUUGUUUAUUUUUGUACGACAACAACGACUCAAUCAACUACCACGAGAGACCCUUCUGCCGGCAGCUGUACGUUCGAAAAUGAGGUUUAUCAGAACGGGCAAAUAUGGUACUUGGAUCAGUGUAUCGGCUACAGUUGUUACAUGGGAGUCGUCCAUCAAUUCAAUAAUUGUCAUAGCACAACGAAACCACCAAGUUAUCCAACUCAGUCAACACUUCCACCACAAAAACCUUGUUGGUUCCAAGGUAUUGAGUAUCAUUCUGGAGCUCGAUGGAACAAGGAUCAAUGCCAUACUUAUAUUUGCAAUGAUGGAGAAAUCGGAUUUUUCAACCACUGUCCGGAAACUCAAACAACUUCUACGCCUCCGGUUGGAUGUACUACUCCCACCGGUCAGUUCUACUAUCAUGGGCAGAUUUGGAAAACAGGCACUUGUCUUCAGCACACUUGCAUAUCAGGAGAAGUGACUACUUCUGAUGUCUGCACGGGAGGAGGAUAUGGGGUUUCAUCGACACGAUCAUGUUGGAUGUGCGACGCGCAUAGCUACGAAGAAUGUCUGCAAAUCGGUAUGCGCCAAACAUGUCCAGGGGACUCUGUCUGCUUUCUCGAAGUAAGAUCACGUGGUGGUCACAUGGAAAGGAUGUGCACUGGGUGUCAGCAACGCGAAGCUUGCCAAGGAAACAAACUAAACAAUCAGGACCAGUGCUUUAUGCAUGGCUAUAACGCAAAUGGAUCACCAGAUUCAGUUUGUCGAGAUUGUUGUUCUAGCAGCGACUGUUCUUUGGAAAUAAACAUGAAUCAUCCGAUGAUUGCUGCUUUUCCACCUCUUCAGACUCAUUCCUACAAUUCUGGCAAGUCCUGUGAUGCAAUUUACACACCUGACGAGAAGCAUCAUUCUCAUGGCGACACCUGGGGCGCGGGAAUAUGCCCUCAUGAUUCGACAACACCAAUGUACGAGUGGACCUGUCUUGAUGGAAAAGUUCAUUUUACGGAGCCAUGCAAGAUUGCAUACGCUCAGCCAGGAUCCGAAUGUGUGAAUGGUGCACCUCACAACGCCGGGUACAAUAUUGGAACAUGCUCAAUUACAGGGGGUCCUCUUGCAACUUGGAAGUGCUCAAAUGGCCAGCUUACUUAUGAAAAUCCAUGCUACGAGGCGUUUUUGGGUUCACAAAGCACUUACUCGUCAGGUUCAACAAGCCAAUACUACCAAACUUAUGAUUCAAACAAUAAUCCUUCAACUAAUGUUGAGGAAGAGCUACUGAUUUUAGCGGUUGAUAGUUCGUUUGGAGUUUAUUUGAUCAACGGCGCGUACUUGUCUGCAGAACAACACAGUUUUACAGAACAAUAUCUGUUACAAGAAAUGGAGCGAUUUGGGCAUGCAAGUUGGGUCGAAAACGGAUUUCCCGACGACCCAAUCACUUCCGUCGACUACUACAAUCGAAUAAACUUCGAAGACGGGACGUCGCUUACUCAAAAUGAGCAUAAUAUGAGUGGCGAAGAAAUAUCAUUGCUGCGAGAUCUACUAAAAUAA